AUGUGGAUCCCCCCUCUGUUGUUCGCGAGUCCCAUCAGAUUCUCCGGGUGCCACCACGAAAAGGUAUGGGGGAGAUUCCCGCACCCAUCUCCCUCUCCAGCCCUCCUUUUGCCCUACCUACUUACCCUCCCCCCUACAAUAUAUUUCAUAUAUAGAGGCAGCUGGUGGGGUUCAUGGGUCAAUACAGCCAAAAGUAAGGCUUCUUCCUGGCUCGCUUUUCCUUCUCACUCCUCAGGCUCUUACUGGCCUGCGCUACUAGGUAUUGUCCUGCUGUCCAGUACUUUUGAGAGAGCAGCAUCAGUCCAAACUAUAUGA